CAAGUAGAAUGUAGAUAAAUUACAAAUAAUUAGUAUUCAACAUAAUAUUAUAAAAACAGUAACAACAGAUCACUCCAAUUUUGAAAAAUGAUAACGGUAAAUUCUGUUAACGAAGAACUCGACGAUGAAGGCGAUUUACUAAACGAUUCAGACAAUUCAACCUCUUUUGUGAAUGUUAUAUACUCACCACAAUGGAACUGCAAGGGUUUAAUUAAAAAAAUACCAAACAAAUUAUUGAAAAACAGCAAAAGUAUUGUUGAUGUGCAAUUGAACAAACAAUCGAUAUGGUGUUCUUCAAAACUAAAAAUUUCUAACGAAGAAUCUCAGCCAUUUCGACGAUCAACAUCUACAUAUACAACAUUCGAUAGUCCAUCCAUUAAUGAAAGCUCUGAUUCAAAAAUAGUUCAAUCAAAUCAAAAAACAUCAAGUUCAUAUUCUUCAUCGCUAUACACAAACUCUGAUGACUUUUUCAACAAUAAUCCAUUUUUUAAUAAACUAAGAAAUCCAACCGUAGCACAAAAUUAUGGACAUUCUUAUUUUGAUUCGAACAGUUCAUCCACAAACAGUAGAAAUGCCAAUUUUGAAUCAUUUUUCCCAGAUAAUUCAACAACAUCAGAUUCGUUUUUGGAUAAUUUAGAAUCUCAAGAAGAAUCUAAACCAUCUUCAGAAAUGCAUUCAAAGUAUAAUUCGCAACAUCGAUUUCAUUGGUCAGAAAACAUAGAAUAUUGUUCUCCGUGGGUGAGACACAGGUCAAAAGAAAUCUUUAACUAUGUCAACAGAAUUUUUGAAAUGAAGAAGAAACCUGAAAUAUUAGAAAACGAUACCGAGACAAUUCAUAAAGAUUUAAAAUCACCUAAUGUCGUUCACGAAGACUGUAGUGAAACCGAUGACAAUAUCACGUACGACAUUGCAAGUAAAUUGUGUAGUACGUUUUUAAAACAUGACGAAACAAAUAUGUCAAAGAAUCAAUGUCCAAAUGAUAAACAUUUCAAAUGGAGUAAUCUCUACCAAAAGCUUAUAAAUCAUGGACAACUUUAAAAAAUAUAUCUAUGUAGCUA